UCUCAGAAGAAUACAUCACUCCGUUGUACGCGGGGGCUUCGUGGUAAAGAGGCAUAACUGCCGUCAAUUUGUUGUCCAUUUCCCGCUGCCAGCCUAUGCUCUCCUGCUUUUGUGCUCACCGGAGGGCUGCUGAACGUGUAGGAAGAUGCUGCGCCCCGGAACCUGAAUGCCUACUGGUCUUGCCAAAGGAAGCAAUUACAAAAGUGAAGAACCAUCAAAUAAGGAAGGACUGGACCUGGCAAACAAUGGAGGGACAGAUGAACACAAAGGGGAAACAGACAGGCUGGCCUCUUUGCCUGGUGCAGAACCAAUGCUUAUUGGAACUGAAUGUGACAACGCAAGCCACAGCAGCCCGGCAAACAGUUCUACAACGGAACACAACAAGGAGUUACCAUUAGUAAAUGAAAAUGGUAUUUCGGACAUGGAGGCACCACAUGGUUCUGUUACUGGGAGCAAUGGAUUUAUUCUUGUUAAACCGCAACAUGAGGACAGCUUUGAAGCCAUGUCUGGUUUAGCGGGAUCCCCCAACAGGACUAUCCGACCACAUACAAGUCCCCCCACAGUGGUACACUUGACCAAACCCCCCUCUUUGCCAGCCUUUGGGUCUCCUCAGACUUUAGGUGCACUAAGGACUGACCCUAUUACAGGAACUGCAUCAAUGCAGGAGACAAUAGACUCUAAAAAUGGCAUAGCCCCAACUACUACAGCCUCAAACACCAUCAUGAUACACAGAGCUCGCAAAACCAUGUCCAGGCCUGCUGUCACUCUCGAACAAAAGCUUCUAAAAAAGGAAUUAAGAGAAGCAAACAAUGCCAAAAUGGAGACCUUGGUUUCAUCCGACACACUGAAACCUUCACAGGAGUGCUCAACAGAGAACCAUCUACCUCAGAUUCCUUCGGAUCUGCCAGCUUCAGCACAAAUCCCUUCAUCGACAUCACCAGCAACUGCUUUAUUUUCUUACCCUCCGCACACGUCAAUACCAUCCAAGCUUCAACAUGGUCACACAGGCGUCUUCACAGGAGGCCUGUCUUCCCGUAAGAAAAAAAGAAGGAUGGGAACUUACAGCCUGAUUCCCAGGAAGAAACCUAAAAUUCUUCGCCAGACAACAAUGUUGGAAAUGUUUAAGAUAGUACACCCCAAUGCCAAGAUGCCUGAGACAAAUAUCAACGUAAAUGGAGAGAAGAUGGAUCAUGCGUCUGAGGAAGAUGAGGAGUCAGAUCUGGUGGAUUCAGAGGAAGAACAGCAGCCGAAAGGAGAGGAACUGGGCAUUGAUGUCUUACAAGUUGAGUGUGAGCAAGAUUCGGAAGAAUCUGGAGAAGAUGAAGAGGAGGAAGGCAUGGAGUCAGAUUUGAGCACAGAGUCUAAUCUAAAAAAGUUAAAGAGAAAAACAAAAAGAGACCAUGCCUGUCUCAGGCCAUCUAGGAAGUACAUGAGGAUGGUCAAAGUCAAAGAGUCCUUUGCUGACUCUCCAGCUGUAGUUAUGAUGCAUACUGAAGACACAAACAAAGACUCCCAGACAACACAAGACAAAAUUUCACUCCAUGAGCUGGAUGCUCCUGAUGACAAAGAGACAUCAAGUUCAACAAUGGAAGAGGCCCAGGAGCUACCACUGUGCAGCUGCCGCAUGGAGACACCCAAGAGUCGAGAGAUUCUCAUCCUGGCAGAUGGAAAGUGCAUGGCUACGGAGAGUGUUGAUGCACAAUUGAGCCGCUGCCAGGGGGCUGUAUUGAAACAAGAAAUGAUGCGUCCCUCCAACUCUGUUCAGCUGCAAGUUCUAUGUGAGGACCAUCGCAACGGCAUGGUCAAGCAUCAGUGCUGCCCUGGCUGUGGCUUCUUUUGCAGGGCUGGGACCUUCAUGGAAUGCCAACCAGACAUGAACAUCUCACAUCGCUUUCACCGUGCCUGUGCCUCGGUGCUGAAAGGUCAAAGUUUCUGUCCUCACUGUGGCGAGGAGGCAAGUAAGGCCAAGGAGGUUACCAUCGCCAAGGCUGACACAACCUCCACUGUACCCGCCACAUCUGCUCAUGGACCAGCUCCGCUGGGAGCCCACGAGGGCCGAGCGGACACAACCACUGGCAGUUCUUUAUGUACCGCCGUGGCGGGUGAAGGAAAUGGAAGAGCAGACAGCUCGCUUUGCGCUGGUUUGGUACCCGGGCUAGACUCCCUUGCGGUUCCGGGAUCCUUCAGUAGCGCAGAACUUCAGGACGCAAGAGCCCCAUCUCCAGUUCUUCCUCGAGAAACUCUUGAAAGCAUCCUGCUUGCUCUAGACACAGAAAAACCAAAGAAGCUGCGUUUUCACCCGAAGCAACUUUAUCUCUCAGCCAAACAGGGAGAGCUUAAGAAAGUUGUGCUUAUGCUUGUAGACGGUAUUGACCCCAACUUUAAGAUGGAGUCGCAGAACAAACGCACCCCUCUCCAUGCUGCAGCUGAGGCAGGACAGAAGGAAAUCUGCCACAUGCUUGUGCAAGCUGGUGCAAACUUGGAAACUUGCGACGAAGAUCAUCGAACACCACUGAUGGAUGCCUGCGAAAACAACCAUAUAGAGACAGUUAUGUACCUGCUGCGAGCUGGAGCCAGUCCUAUGCACAAGGAUGUUGAAGGCUUCACGUGUCUUCACCUAGCGGCCAAAUCUGGACAUUACAACAUUGUUGAGUACCUUCUGUGUACUGGAUACGUUAACAUAAACUGCCAGGAUGAUGGCGGUUGGACAGCUAUGAUUUGGGCCACAGAGUACAAGCAUGUGAACCAGGUCAAGUUGCUUCUGUCCAAAGGAGCUGACAUCAGCAUCAGAGACAAGGAAGAAAAUAUCUGCCUUCACUGGGCAGCGUUCUCUGGUAGCGUUGAGAUUGCCACGCUGCUCCUGGACGCACACUGUGAUCUCCAGGCUGUAAAUAUCCAUGGGGACUCUCCUCUACACAUAGCUGCUCGGGAGAAUCGUCUGGACUGUGUUGUGCUUUUCCUGUCUCGAGGAGCAGAUGCUUUGCAAAAGAAUCGUGAAGGAGAAGCCCCUUCAGACUGCUGCAGCCACAACUCAAAAACGUUUGCAGCACUGCAGGCCAACAGGAAUGAGAAGGACACCCUCGACGUCACGUUCAUUCAAGCAGCGGAUAAAAGCCUUCACAGUGACAUUGCUCUCGGGCAGGAGAGAGUUCCUCUCCCCUGUGUCAAUGCUGUUGACAAUGAAUCUUACCCAGCUGACUACAAGUACAUCCUGGAAAAUUGUGUCACCUCCCCGCUGAACAUUGAUAGAAACAUAACACACUUGCAGUACUGCGUUUGCAAGGAUGACUGUUCUUCAAGUGUCUGUAUGUGUGGACAGCUCAGUCUGCGCUGCUGGUAUGAUACGGACGGUUGUCUUCUACCUGAAUUCUGCCGCGAGAAGCCCCCUCUCAUCUUUGAGUGUAACCAUGCUUGUUCCUGUUGGAGGACCUGCAAGAAUAGGGUGGUGCAAAAUGGACUUAGGACCAGACUUGAGCUCUUUAGGACCACUAAGAAGGGCUGGGGUGUACGAGCACUACAAGACAUACCACAAGGGACCUUUGUAUGCGAGUAUGUAGGUGAGAUAAUCUCUGAAGCAGAAGCUGAGAUGAGGCAAAACGAUGCUUACCUCUUCAGUUUGGAUGACAAGCCACAAGAUCUUUACUGCAUCGAUGCACGCUUCUAUGGCAACAUCAGUCGGUUCCUCAACCACAUGUGCGAGCCCAACUUGUUUGCCUGCAGAGUGUUCACCACACACCAGGACUUGCGUUUCCCACAUAUUGCCUUCUUUGCCAGUGAAAACAUCAAGGCAGGAGAAGAGCUUGGAUUUAAUUACGGCGACCACUUUUGGGAAGUGAAAAGCAAGGUGUUCAGCUGUGCAUGUGGCUCCUCUAAGUGCAAGUACUCGGCUGCAGCCAUGGCUUUGUUGCAGGCAGAUAGCACACCAGAGAAUCAGCAGCAGCCCAGCGCCUUGCCUGACACCAGCUCCUCCAACGGCCCCUCCAGCCCCUCUUAAAAGUUGCCUCGCACCCAGCUUAUUUCCACAUGCGACACGUCUCAUGGACCAACGUCCAUAUAAACGCUUUACAGAUGAACUUGUACUGUAUAGAAACACAACCCUUUGACCCUUGGACAAACUUUUGUGAUGGUGAACAAGAUGCACAAUCGGACCCCUGAAGAACGUACUGCUGAAAUGAAGACAUUCAAAACAUCUUUACAUUUCAUAUUUAACUUCACUGGGAAGAAGAACUUGGAUUUUUGUUGUUACUGAGAACCAUUCCUCCAAAGUCAGCGCAUAUGUUAAUUUAGGUGAAAACAAUUUUUUUUCCUUUAACAUUUGAAAACUGCCUAACAUUUUGGAGAAAGAUGAAUUGUGCAAAGGUGGGCUAAUUUGAGAGUAAAGACAGGGUGCGAUUCCUUGAUAAGGUAAAUUCAAUGAACUUUAAUGAUGUUUGCUUGUUGAAGGAGAACUCAGUUGUAAGGUAAAAUAUCCUAUUAUUGAGGGAGAAUGAAUUUGACCAGAUAAGGAGUAACGAAAAUGGUGCUCUUCUUUUUAAUGUACAUGUUCAUUACCUAGGUCAUCAUGGUUUGUAAAAUAAGAUAACUUGUUUUUUUUUUAAUGUUCUGUUUUAUUUCCAAUUUUUUAAUUGUACUUGUAGUGGUUCUGUUCAUAAUUUUCUUCCAUGAUUUUUCCAACAUAUCUUUAAGCAUCGAGUGGAGCAGUGACGGUUCUGCAAAAUUUUAAAUUCAAGAGAAAAAAAAAAUGCACUUCCAUUAUUUUCUGUUACACAUUUGUGGAUCGUCAAACAGCAUUUGAAUUGGUUGUAUCUUUUUCAAUAAAUUUACUACUAAUGUGUU